AUGCCAACAGUUCUGUCGAAGAGAGGAAGAGUUGCUGCGGCACGUCCGCCAGCGGAGCCCGAUUCAGUUUCUUGGGCGCCACAGCCAGCAGAACCCGAUUCGAAUCACCUGCGGAUCGCAAGCGUAACAAAGCCACCUUCGUCCCUCGGUUUGCCCUCCUACUACACUCAAUACGAAGAAGAUCGAUCCAACACAAAUGACAAGAGCUCCAGCGACGAGAGUGGUGCAUCACCGCCAUAUCAUUCUCCUCCUGACACUGCGUCUGCGGCGAAGAGACCCAGAGUUGCCACAGAUCCAGCAAACUUGGUUGAUGUUGCCGGAUCUGACGGCAACAUCACGCCUGCGAGACAUGAGUCUAAAACGCGCAAAGUCAUGAAGGCCAAAACGACCAAGCCACGUCGUAGAGGGCCUGCUACCACGAAGAAGAAGAAGCCCAUGAGCAAGUCUUCACCAGAAGUUUUUGCUGAUGCGGUGACUCCACAACCAACCUCUGAUCCGCCUUCUUUAAAUUCAGGCUCCAAAAAGAAAGCGAAAACGCUCAAGACAAAGAAAUCCUCGACGACGGGCAAAACCUCCCAGCAACCUGCUGCGACGAAAAGCAUGAAGUGGACCGUGCAGCUUACAGCGAUAGCGAUCGAAGCACGCUACCGAAACAAGCGAAUACUGAAAAAGUUUUCCACUAAGAACUCCAAUACGAAGGCGCAACGCGCCAUGUGGGAAGAUACAAUAAACGUAUUUCAGGAACGGGCGCUGGCUGAGCAGGCAUGGGGGGAUAAGGAGCCACGUACUUUGACGGUGAAGCAGUUCAAAAACAAGUUGGAUUCCGUGCGAUCCAACUACAAGGCCAAAAGGCAACGGAUGAUGGCAACUGGAAAUCGUUCUGCGCGUGACGGCGACGAUAGUGAUGACAAAGAACGACAGUAUCCUGAAAUGCCAAACGACUUUCUAAUUGAUGAUGCAGACGAACAUUCAGAUGAGAGUUUUUCUGAGGGCAACGCACCACGGCGUUCUUUAGCGUGUGACCCCAUGAAUGUGAACCCAAGUUAUCGCAGUGAGCUCGGCGCGGAUUUGGCCGCACUCUGGCCGCUGCUAUGUGAAGUGUUUUCGAGGCGUCCAGGUUGCACUGGAGAGGCAAUUACUGAGACGGGUAUUGGCAGAGUUCAAACCCGAGAGAGUGACAGUGAAACCGAGGUGAGCGAUGAACAGGAGUCGGACACGGGCUCUAGCGAAUCACCUAGUGAAGCACACCAAGCACGUGAAAGAGCAAAAGCAGUAGCGAAAGCAAAGAAGCGUCGUGAUACCCAAGUAGAGCAGCCCGCAAAGAAGCGACCCGCAGACGCUGUUAGUGACACACUUCGAUCCGGCUUCGAAGCAAUUGAGCGUGUGUUUUCAAAUCGCCACCAGCCCUCGCGACCUAGCGGGGAAAUGACGCAACUGUUUGGCAAAUUGGCAUCAUCAAUUGAAGCAACUAAUGCACAGCAUCAAGCUACAAGUGAAGCUCUGUUGCGUAACUUGGAAGGGCUACAUCAACUCACUGCUAGUCUCUUCAGAGAGGUGACCAAACGAACGACGAAUAGUCCCGAGAUGAGCUAG